ACCAAGGCAGUGGCUGUAAUAUACUUCAAACAGCACAUCCUUUUUCUGCCUGCUUUUAUGUGGAUGCUAUCUUUUUUAUUAUGCUUCUUAAGUUACUUUGGUUAUUUAUAUCUGAACAAAACGUAAUGCUUUUUCCCCUCUUUCAGUAGCUGCUUCAUGACAGAAUAAAAACUGGAUGUGAGUUGUGCAUUGGGAAGUGAUUGAUGUGUGCUUGUGCACCUUGUAGCACUAUGAAAAACGCAGGUGGAGCUGCUGAUGAUGUUUGCUAGAAGUAGAUUGAAAAAGCAAGAAAAUGAAAUUGCACUUCUGCACAGAAAAUCUGUUGUAAAACUGUGGGCCAGGAAGCAGUUCCGGAAGCAAAGACUCCAUUUGUUUCUGCGGGACAAAAUGAAGAGGCUUCUUCAAGGCCAGGUAGAUGAGAAUCCAAACCACGCUCAUCACUGCCAGCUCUCUCCAGUAGAGAUUGAAACGGACAUGUUUGUUUGUGGAAUAAAGAGAAACUCCCCGAGCACUGAAUUUUCUACUGCUGGAGGGGACUUUAACCAGGAUGGAGGUGAUGGCUCCAAGAAAGCAAAUGAAGUUUGCAUUGGGGAGGUGGAACUGAACUGGGAUGGCUAUGUCAAAAUACCAUGCUCACUUCAACAGAACCAGAAAGACUUAGAGGGGAAUUCUUCCGAUAGUAUGAAACAGACCCCUUCCAAAAGAAAGGGUAGAGUGUCUGAGGGGCAGGACCUUUCUACCCUGAGCAUUACCAUGAGCUGGAGGGAGAUAGCUGAAAGGGAAGGAUGCUUUCCCCAGGAAAAGACCCCUACAUACAGCCGUCGUAGACGGAAGUCAAGAGAUCGCUCGGUUGAUGUGGUUGAUUACAUUGUGAAAGAGCUCCAGGGAAUAAGCCGCAUCCAGACAGAGAUUGCAGAGCUCCGGCAGCACCUCAACUUGAUAAAAGGCUCUGUGGAUGAAGUCUCCAGCUGUGUGGAUACGGUCUUGAGUGAGAUAGAAGGCCUUCAAGGUGGCUCCACCAAAACCCCAGGUACACGCGCUCGGGAGCCACGUAGGGAGGCACGCAAGGAAGAACCAGUACUAUAUUUUUAUGGGAUCCCAGAACAAGACGGUGAAAACACAGUGGAGCUCAUCUACAGCUUCUUGUCUGAAUAUCACUGCUUCAAUGGUAUUCAGUGCAGUAAGUAUAUAAAAGAUGCUUAUAGGUCAGAUAUUGGUACAGGCAAGCCAUUAACACCAAGACCAGCAGUUGUGAAACUUGUAAAUUCUGAACAGAGAGACUUUAUUUUACAGAAGUCUAUCCUUCUGCAAAGCUCAGGGGUCCAGAUUGCUACUAGUGAAGAACAAAAGCGGCAGAAUGACCAGAGGGGCCAGAAAGUGGAUUCAGUCUCUCUGCAAUCUGGUUUCAAGAAAAAUCAUCGCAACUCAGCGAAUCUUGAUGUAGCUCAAAAAACUGAUGGAGUUGGGCACCUUCAAACUGACUCUUACCAGGUUAAGUACAAAAGCACGAGUAGGACAACACAGUGUGUAGGGGAGAGAUUUAGUUUUGCACAGAAGUCAACCUUGACUAAGAAAAGCAACUUGAUAUCUGAAACUGAGAAGGAAGCACUAGUAAUAAGCUGUAGUGGGCAGCCUUCACGUGACAGUGACUUUCACCAGGCCCCUCAUGAACCCCCACAAAAUCUUCAGGUGACCAGUUUGGCCAAAUCAGGUGAUGGAAAUUUUUUCUGCUCAUCUGAGUCUUCGGGCAGUGCCAGCCAGGUAUGUGCUUCAAGCAAUGGAAGUGAACACAGGCCUGACACUGAAAGCAUUGCUGAGAAUGGUUCUUCCCUUCUAGAUAAAGAUGAGAACGUAACUGCAGAAGAAAUUGAAAUAGACUGUGAUAGCCCAUGCAAGUUCACUGCCCUGGAGAAAGUUGAUGGUCAGAGAGAAGAUGUUUCUAGUGGGGUGACAACCAUUAGCUGUGAUCGUACAACUGAUGAAAUGGCUGAUAGUAGUGACAGCUUGAAAGAUAUGAUCCAAAUGGACCUGAAUGAUCAAGAUCCAACUGAUCAGGUCUUUAGGGAUGUCCUGGAAAACUCUAAGUAUUUCCUUGACCAUUCCCGGGAUAGCACUGAUCUUGUAGACAUGAAGUUUUACACUAAUAAGCUUGGGAAAGCUAUUAAUCACUUCAGGUCUGCUCUGCAAGUGGUAUUUAACAAAUUAGAGACAAGUGAUUCUGAAAUCCUUAUGGAAAAUGAUAGCGGCUUACAGAUGGAUGAUGACAACACACUUAUGCUGAACAGUUCAGGUAUGUGUGACAGCUCUGACAACUUUGCAGAAACCCCUCCUAGUCAGUCAUCUGAGAGCCAGGCAAACACAACUGCAAAUAGUGAAGCGUCUGCUCAUAUGCAGUUUGUUCCUUCCAGUCUUUCCUCUGCUCCAUAUGACCCUCCUGUUUCCAGUUUGAUGCCAUCAUCUGACUGUGAAAUUCUUGCUGAGCAGCACUCACCUCCUCAUGAGCUUGGAGUAGAUGUGAGCUCUCUACCUGGGCAAGCAAAGGAGUGCAGACCCAUGAGCCUUGACAAAGUAUGCGCAGAGACCAUCUACCUGAACAAAUGCAUCAACAAUUUCAAAAAUGUGCUGAGGGAAAAGAGACAAAUGCGUAGGAGACUCUUAAAAGAAUUAGCACAGGAAGGAAACUGGAUUUCCGCUGAGGAGACGAAUUCAGGUAAACUGGAAAAAAAAUGUUUUUAAGGAGAUGCUAAAAUCUAGCAUUUGUGCAGCUGGUAGGC